AAUCCUGAGGCAAAAAUUCGAGCGCUUCGUGUGCUAUAUUUGAGCUAUCGACGGUGUCCUUUAAAGCGAACUCAGAUUUAUGAGCAACAGCGGCCUUGUCGCUUGCCGUGCAGCCAUUCGUUUUGCACGGAUUGUUUAGAGCGCUAUUUGCAGGUGAGAGGCGAUCCUCGGUGCCCGCUGUGCCGUCGCGUGUUUCAGGUGAGCGCUCGAGGAGCAGCUGAAGCAUCCAAUGACAGCACCACAGACCCAGAUACGCAUGUUGUCCCAGCAGCCAUGCCAGCCAUGUCAGCCACGCCAGAACUAGCCCUUCCCGAUGCCGAUGCAGAUCUGCGAAGCCCCGACUAUAUGCACCUCCUCGACAUCGACAUCGAUAUGCUGAACGACACUUUGGUGCUGACGCUCACGGAGCAGGAGAUUCGUCUAUUCGCCAACCUGUACGACGAGGUGCUGCGCGAGGAUCAACGCCAAAGUGCGCCGCCAGAGUCAGCGGAUGCCUGGAGUAUGCGGGGCAUGCUGGGGAUCUAAUGUAAUUGUUGUAGGGCCACAGCAAUGUGGCUUGUUUCUUUCUUCAUACUCUGUCAAUUUUAUUUCUAUGUGCCUGUUUCUUGUAUUUUUCCGUGUUUGUUUGUUUGCCAUUUACAUACUCCAAAUACCUGCAUAUA